AUGACGGAGAUGGAAUUCCCCGAGGGCGGCUCCGGCCCAAACGCUCCGGGCCGGAGAUUUGGGAAGCGCUCGGGAAGGGUCCGAGCACUGGGGAAGGGUCCGGUCCGAGCCCCCGGGAGGGUCCGAGCCCUGGAGGAGGGAAAAUCUCUCCUCUCUCCGACCCUCGAGACGGAGCCGAACCCCGCGGAGCCUCCGCGCCCCCUCCCCCGGCAGCGGCAGCGGCAGCGGCAGCGGCGCAAACCGCGCGUUCUCUUCUCGCAGUCGCAGCUGCUGGAGCUGGAGCGGCGUUUCCAGCGGCAGAAAUACCUGUCGGGCCUGGAGAGGGAGCAGCUGGCGCGGCUGCUGCAGCUCAGCCCCACGCAGGUCAAGAUUUGGUUCCAGAACCGGCGCUACAAGAGCAGGAGGCAGCGGCAGGAGAGGAGCUCGGAGCCGCCCGCGCCCGCGCUGCCCCCGCGCACGGUGCCGGUGCCGGUGUUGGUGAGGGAYGGGCGGUUCUGUAUGGAGGGAUCCCGGCCCUAUUUGCACUAUGGGAUCGGCGGGUUUUAUUCCUACCCUUUGUACGGUGGAGAUUUUGGGGCGGGGGACGCGGGGGGAAAUCGCGGAGUGUCCCCGAGUGUCACCGCCGGGGGAGAUCUGCGCCAACCCCCGGCUGUGCCCCCGGGCAGUUGGGGGUGA